CGCUGUUAUUAAGAUUCAGAAUGUCCGCCGAAGAUCAGACCAACCAACAGAAGAACGUGAUGCGCGAGUUGCGCCUCGAGAAGUUGGUUCUCAACAUCUGUGUGGGUGAAUCCGGAGACAGACUUACCCGUGCUGCCAAGGUGUUGGAACAGUUGACUGGUCAAACCCCUGUUUAUUCCAAGGCCCGUUACACUGUCCGUACUUUUGGUAUCCGUCGUAACGAAAAGAUCGCUGUCCAUGUCACUGUCCGUGGACCCAAGGCUGAGGAGAUCUUGGAACGUGGUCUCAAAGUCAAGGAAUAUGAGCUCAAGAAGUCAAACUUCUCAGAGACUGGUAACUUUGGUUUCGGUAUCCAGGAACAUAUUGAUUUGGGUAUCAAGUACGAUCCCUCCAUUGGUAUUUACGGUAUGGACUUCUUCGUCUGCAUGAACCGCCCUGGUAACCGUAUCACCAAGCGUCGUCGCGCUGUUGCCAAAAUCGGUCUUAAGCACCGUGUCACCAAGGACGAGACCAUGAACUGGUUCAAGCAGCGUUUUGACGGUAUCCUCACUAACCGCAAGUAAAAAAAAAGUAAUGAAUAAAUGAGUGAAACAACACAUACAAUCAUACGAGUACCAUAACACAGUGCACGCUUGAGUUCAAACGGCGAGGAAGGAAUGUGCCAUGAUGACUUUGAGCACUGAAAAAAAAAUACAUUUAAAAGGUAGACAAGCAUUUUUCACUUCCCGAUGUAAAAUUGAUGUAAAAAACGAGGUUGCAAAAACUCGUUAUUCUCUCUCUCAUUGUCUCUGCUUGGUUGACUUUUAUUAAUUAAAAAAUCUAAG